AAUGCCCAAAACUGCAGAAAAGUUUAAGAAAUGAAACUUCUCCCGAGAUUUUCACUUCUCUUUUCGCUGCUGGUAGCGGCACAAUCAACAUGCAACAGUACAGACCAGGCACUGGUUUCCAAAGCUUUUAAAUCGGUCUCUGGGUUCAACAUCUCUUGGUUGAAAUCCCACGACGUCAACUGCUCCUAUCCUCCGAUAAAGGUAUUGAAUUUCUCUUCAAAGGAUUUAACAGGUACCGUUUCAUGGAAAUUUCUCAGGCACCUUUCACAGUUGCGCACCAUUGAUCUCUCCCACAAUUCUCUUCAAGGCUUAGUUCCCGGUUGGUUCUGGUCUAUGUCCGCACUUGUCCAAGUCAAUCUGUCGAGAAAUAGGUUCGGAGGAACGAUUGGGUUCGAGCCCACCUCGGGGAUUGACUCGUUUUCAUCGGUUCGGGUACUGAACCUUUCGACUAACAGGUUCACCAACUUGGUUAAACUCUCUGGUUUUCCCAACCUUGAAUUUCUUGACGUUUCAAACAAUGUUCUUGGUGUUCUUCCCGAUGGAUUUAUCAAACUUACCAACCUCCAGCAUCUGGAUAUUUCGAGUUGCAAGAUUUCUGGCAGUGUAAAGCCUAUUUCAACUCUUCAUUCAUUGAAUUACUUGGAUGUAUCAAACAACUCCAUGAAUGGUACUUUCCCUUUCGAUUUCCCUUCUGCUAAUAGCUUGAAGUUUCUCAACAUUUCGCUCAACCACUUCAAUGGUUCAGUUGGGUUUGACAAGUUCCAAAGAUUUGGCAAAUCUGCUUUUAUUCAUGCUGGGAAUUUCGUUUUCAAUACUUCAAAAAAAGCACCGAGCAAUCACAUUAAACCCCAUUCCUUGACCCCAACACACACAGUUUUCCAACAACAGUUACCACUGAAACGCCACGCCAAAUCAAAAAGCAAAGCUCUGGUCAUUGGUUUAUCGUCUUCAUCUGGUUUUCUACUUGCUUCCCUUGCGUUCUGCAUCUUUUGCAUAUACAAGAGAAAGAAACUAGCGAGGAGAAAAAACAAAUGGGCCAUAUCCAACCCGGUUCAACCAAAUUUCAAGAUCGAAAAAUCAGGGCCGUUCUCUUUCGAGACGGAAUCGGGUUCGUCGUGGGUGGCGGACAUCAAAGAACCGACAUCAGCCCCGGUCAUCAUGUCCUCAAAGCCGUUGAUGAACUUCACCUUCAAGGACUUGAUCGCCGCCACGUCUCGUUUCGGAAAGGAGUCCGUACUGGCAGAAGGCCAAUGUGGGCCACUUUACAGAGCUGUCCUCCCGGGUGACCUCCACGUGGCGAUCAAGGUUUUGGAACACGCCAGAGACGUCGAUCGUGAUGAAGCCGUUGCCAUGUUUGAAGAUCUUUUUAGGCUCAAGCACCCUAACCUAUUACCUCUCUCCGGUUACUGCAUUGCAGGCAAGGAGAAGCUGGUGUUGUAUGAAUUUGUGGCAAACGGUGAUUUACACCGGUGGUUACAUGAACUUCCGACGGGGGCGCCCAACGUGGAGGAUUGGAGCACCGACACUUGGGAUAUUAUUCACAACGGAAUCGGGUCCCAUAAUUCUGCGCCGGAGAAAACGAACUGGCUGACGCGCCACCGCAUCGCGGUCGGGGUUGCGCGUGGGUUGGCUUAUCUACAUCAUGUAGGGUCCAACCAUGGCCAUCUCGUGGCUUCUAAUGUUCUACUCUCCGACAAUCUAGAACCUCGGAUAUCCGAUUUCGGGAUAAGGAACAUUGGUUCUAAGAAAGAAAGGGAUAAAAAGGGUGAAAACGAUUUUGAAUUUGAUGUUUAUUGCUUCGGUGUUGUUUUGUUGGAGCUUUUGACGGGGAAGCAAGGGACGGAGGAGAAUGUAAAGCGGGUGAGGAGGUUAGUGAAGGAAAGGAAUGGGGUUGUGGCGCUUGACUCGAGGUUGAGACUAGGCGGUGACUCGGAGGCUGAGAUGGUGGAGAGCCUCGGAGUCGGGUACUUGUGUACGGCGGAGUCGGCUGAGAAAAGGCCGACGAUGCAGCAAGUGCUAGGUUUACUCAAAGACAUACACCCGGCGGUUGUCGAUUUCAACCGAUUUCAUGGGUGAAACUGUAAAAGUAAAACCCACGUUUGAAACACUAUUUUGGCGGUGAUCAUCACGCGCUAUUAAUGGAGAUCAGAUCAUGCCUCGUCGUCUCUCGAAUUUUAUAUUUGUUUUCUUUUUUUCAUUUUAGCUUUUGUGAUGUACAUAGAGACAAGAA